AUGUCUUAUGAGAAGGAGCUAGCCGCUGCAAAGAAAGCAGUCUCACUAGCUGCUCGUCUCAGCCAGGAAGUGCAGAAGACUCUGUUGCAAUCCCAAGUCUGGAAAAAAUCUGAUAGAACUCCGGUUACUGCCGCUGAUUACGGAUCACAAGCUGUGGUUAGUCUUGUAUUGGAGAGGGAGCUCCAACCUGAAACACUGUCAUUAGUAGCUGAAGAGGAAACAGGAGAUCUGCGGAAGGAGGGAAGCGAGUUGUUUCUAGAAAGUAUAACGAAGCUUGUGAAAGAUGCUCUAGCUUCUGAGGAAUCAUACGCCUCCUGUCCUCUAUCCACAGAGGAUGUGUUGAAUGCUAUAGACUCCGGUAAAUCAGAAGGCGGUUGCAGCGUUUCCCACUGGGUUCUUGACCCUAUAGAUGGAACCAGAGGAUUUGUAAGAGGAGAGCAAUACGCGGUGGGAUUAGCGUUGCUUGUGGAAGGCAAAGUCGUGCUCGGUGUCAUGGCUUGUCCGAAUCUUCCUUUGGAUUCUGCGGUUUGUGAGACGGAUGAUAAGUCUUCCAAGGAUAAUGUUGGCUGUCUUUUCUUUGCUACAACGGGUUCAGGGGCUUACGUGCAACCACUCAACGGCUAUUCACCACCACAGAAGGUGCGAGUGAGUAGCAAUGAGAAGCUUGAAGAAGCGAAGUUCUUAGAAUCAUACCAUAAACCAAUUCCCAUCCACGGUUCCAUUGCCAAGAAACUCGGGAUCAAAGCGUUACCUGUAAGGAUCGAUAGCCAAGCUAAGUAUGCGGCUUUGUCGCGAGGAGACGCAGAGAUAUACUUGCGUUUCACUCUCAGUGGACACCGUGAGUGUAUAUGGGACCAUGCUCCUGGUUCAAUCAUCACCACAGAAGCUGGAGGUGUAGUUUGCGAUGCUGAAGGGAAAUCUCUGGACUUCUCUAGAGGAAAGUAUCUUGCUCACAAAACGGGGAUCAUAGUUACCACCAAGAAACUGAAGCCAUGGGUUUUGAAGGCAGUCAGAGAAUCCAUGGAAGAGGAGAAUCUUCAACUCUGA